GAAAAGUGACUGUACAGUGGAGUUACAGUGUGAUGCAGAAGAAGCGUUACGCAAAACGCUUUCACUCACCCUCGACUCGCUUCUUCAAAACUCUUCCUAUUUUUGCCUUCUCCCUCUUCUCCUUCUCCGCAGAGAAGAGAAGAGGAGAAGAACCUUCCAAAUCCCCAAAACUAUAAAACAAAUAUAAAUAAGGUAAAUCCUAUUCUUCUCCUUCUCCGUCUUCUAGGGUUUCUCUUCCGCCAUUGCCAAUCUCAUCAUCACCUCCCACUCUCUUUCCUCUGCAGGCAUUGCUCUCUCUUCCUCUCCAUUCCUCAAUUCUAUUACGAUUCCCUAAUUUCUUCUUCUCUUUUUUAGGGUUCCCAUCGCUCUCUAACCGAUUCCGCCAUUUUUCGCUUCCAGGUACGCCCAUUCUUCUUUUGCGAUCUAUUAUUCAUACGUUUCGCCAAUGCCACUUCUUCUUUUCUCUGCCUUUUCUUUCUUCGUUGCUAUCUCUCUCGCUUUUCCUAUCCGUCAUUCGCUUCGAUGUUAACCGCUAUUCCUUUUCUCUGUCGCGUCAAUGUUGUCUGUUGUUCUUGGAUUGACGAUGAUCCAUUGUUCAACGGUUAUGCAGGUGCAUUGUCUUCUCCUCUCAAUGGUAUGUUCCCCGGGAGGUGGGAGAAUGGAAGUCAUGGCAAGGCUUCUUGCUUCUGGGGGUUUCUCUCAGACAGUAGCAGAUGACUUUGCCCAUCAGAAGUCGGCUGCUGAGUAUAUCUGUACAGAACUACGUGAGGCAGACGAAGCGAAUUUGCUUCAGGAAGAAGAUAUGCAUGUCUAUGGUGUUAGCCCCAUGACUGAUGCCUUGCAGCUGGUAUGCUGCAACAAUUGCAAGAAGCCAAUUAAGGACAGUCAAUUUGCUGCUCAUACAGAACUUUGUCGGUCAUUAAAGCUCACAGAACAAACUACGUUUGAGCUUGAUGGCAGCACCGGGAGUCGGAAACCUCCUAGGAAGGAAAAGAAAAAGUUAGCAGCUUCUUGUGCUAACCAAGCUUCGGCAGUUGGGGAGCAGAGAAGGUCUGGGUCUAUGGAUAAUAUUGACUCGGAUUUGUCACAAUCCCACCGGAUUAGUCAAAUCAGAGUGAUUCCCUUUUCAAACAAGGUUAAAGUUCCAAUUUCCUUAGGACACUCUACUUGUGUCGAUGGAGCAUCUAUGAUGGAUGGUACUGGAAUUAAUCCUGGAAAUAGGGACCACCCAGCUUCUAUAAUGCAUCCUCCAACAAAACGUCAUAAAUUGCGAGCAAACACUAGCCUACCUGUAUUAGAAAGCCCUGUAACAGAUUCUGUAGAGACCAAAACUCUGAGUUUCACUGAUGGAAUAAGUUGCAAGGACUUGGUUGAAAUAACUACUUCAGAACAUGGAGAUCCUAAUCGAAAAAUCCUUGGGCAGGUCCUUGUGCAACCUCCAAACACUACGAAGAAUGAAUUUCCUGCGCCCCUUGCUACGAAGAUAUUUUAUUCACAAAGGACCAAUCGACUGCGUGCCAGACUUCGCCAUCUUUACUUCCAGAACUUAAACGAGCAAUUGCGUACUGAUUUGUGUCCAAAGACAUCACAUGCGGAGAUGGUCACAUUCCAAGAUUCAUCUCUUAGAUGCCCUUCAUCUUCUCAAAUGGACAAUGUGCACGAGGGUCGAUCACCUCAAAAAUCUGAUCAUAUUCUUGCCAAAAGCUCAGAAGUUUGCAUACUUAAAGCAGGAGGCCUGCCAAGCAGUGGUUUGUCAAAUCAGUUUCUUCUCGAUAAUGUUUCAAGGUCUACAGCCACUCAUGUUGGUUUGACUAGAAGCAACUUUCUUCCAACAUCCUAUUCAUUUUCUAGCAACACAGGAAAUUCAUUGGGAACAAUGCAGCAACCAAAUGGGAGUGUUCCUGUUAUUUAGAAACCAUGGUGGAAUUUUUUUGGGUUGGUAAAGGUACAGGUAACCAAUACUUGAGUGUAGGAUUUAGCUCCUUUUUUGAAGCUGAUAAAGUAAAUUACUCAAAUUGUGUAUCCUGUCAUCUGCUUUGUACAUGUAAACUUCUGUAUAAAUGGAUGGAAAUGAAGAAAUUAUUAGUUCUAUA